GAAUUCUCUUUCUUUAUUCUCUCUUCCCUGCGUUAAACAGCUCUACUUUCUUCCUCUUCCUCUUCCUCUUCCACAUUCUUCAAUCUCACUCUUCGCUUCUCAAUUUCUCUCCAAAAUAUCGUUGAUUCCUUGCGAUCCAUCUGAUUGACAGGAUUUCAUGUCGUGAGAGGGCAACCACUCUGAUUUCACGCGCUUUCUCGAGCGGCGUGGAUUGGUUUCGGGUUCGAAACUGCAUCAUUCGAUGAUAACGAGAAUUAAACUGCAUCAACAAAUCUCUACAUUAUGGAUCAAAUGAGUGAUUUGCAAAUGGGACAGCAAAGUCGUAGUCAUUCUCAGUCUGAAAGCAUCCAUGGCAGAGGCACCAACAUUUCUCAGCCUAAUAUUAGUACAGUGGUGUCAGCUUCAGGGGAUGCAAUGAAUGUAGAUUCCCAUUAUUUACUAGAUGCUCACGAUAAUGUCCCGAUGCACGGAAUAGUUCACCGUCAACAUAAUCGUCAUAUGGGUGCUGCCUAUGUAUAUUGUCCUGACAUGAAUCCUCCAUCUAGUACUGCUGUGUCUGGAAAUCGCAGAACCUCCAAUCAGUUGUCAGGUUCAAACACAUUCACAGCUUCUGGGACAUACAAACGCAAACAUUCUGUAGGAACUAGAGGAAAUAAUCAACAUUUAAAUGCUUCAGCUAGUUCUUCGAUUGGUCCUCGCAAUGCAAGACAUGCAGAAAAUGGAAUUCCUUUGCCAUCAUUUUCUAGUUCGUGGAGCAGAUCAGAUGAGCCUCUUAUGGUGUAUGACCAUAACCAUUCAAUUCAAGGAAACUAUUCAGGGCAGCACUUUCAUCCAGCUCCUCUUCCAAGGUUGGCUCAACAAUUGAAUAGCAAUAAUAACAAUGGUCAUUCUUUGGCUUGGAAUCAGUCUCUUCCAAUGCCCUUUGUACAAGUUCCCAAUGCUAAUGGACGUUCGUUAGAGAAUACAAAUAUGGGUUUGUGGAGAUACCAUGAUACAUCUGGCAGCACAAAUGGCCUAAGAUUUCCCUAUCCUGCUCCGGUCAACCCGCAUUACCAUGCCUUUCAUUAUCAUACGCGGCCUGUGCAAGGGAGGAGAGGUCACUCCAUCAACUUUCAUCCUCCAGUAACUGCAGCUUCAUAUAGAGUUCCAACAAAUCCUUUAAGCAGUGCUCAAAUUCCCAUACAAAAUGCUUUUGAGAUGGGCUCUAGGCGUGGUCUCCCGGUGCCACCUGCAGGUGCAUGGAUACACCGACCUCAUAGGAUGACUGUUAGAUGUCCAACUCUUCCUCCCAUGGCCUUUCUCCAAGUUGAGAAUAUUGCUAUACUGGUUGGCCAUCAUAGAGAUAUGCGCUUGGACAUUGAGCACAUGUCUUAUGAGGAGCUUCUUGCAUUAGGUGAGCGAAUUGGCAAUGCAAACCCAAGUUUAUCAGAGGAAACAAUUACAAAUCAAAUGGAGACAAGAACUUAUUUACUACCUACUAACUUAGAGGAGGCAAAUUCUGAUGAACAAGAAGCUGAUAUUUGCAUAAUAUGCCAGGAUGAAUAUAAGAACCAAGAUAAGAUUGGAAUUCUUCGAUGUGAGCACGAAUAUCAUGCAGAUUGUUUAAGGAAUUGGUUGCUUGUGAAAAAUGUCUGCCCCAUAUGCAAAUCAGAAGCAUUGACUCCAUGAGAAAAGAAGGGUGUAUAAAAAUCAAUGCACUCUUCUUGGAUACUAUAUUUUUUCGAACGAGUUCAUAUUUUGAUAUGUAUAUGAACUUGCACAUAGAGACAUUCACAUUGCUCAACUCAUUUAUUUGGUGGCACCAGAACAUUGUAUCUAUCAAGUUGUACAGAACAUGUGAUGUAAUAACAUUGGUUAUUUUCAUUGUUACUAUUUUUUAUAUGGAUGGUUGAAUGUCCCAUGUCAUGUAUAUAUUGAUAUUUUUUUUCUUCAAGUAUACGCUUUGUUUAUUUGUUAU